GAUGGAAACAAGGAGAACAGGGGAUCUGAGGUUUCAGCACACCCACCUCAUUUAGGUGUUGGUGGAUCUCUUAUUAGACCACGCAGCAAAGAGAAGUCUGAAAAUCAGGAUCCAAACCAGCUUCUUCAAUGGGAAAAGAAGAUAUUGGGCAAGAACCAUGGCACACCCUCCCCACCAAGGGUCGACAACUAUUUCCUGAAAACGUACAAGAAUGUUUCUCCAACAAAAAAACGAGAAAACACUGAGAGGGUAUCAAGCAAAAUGUUGGAUGAGUUGUGUGUGGGUGUAGAUUGUCUGAGCWUAGCACCAGACAUAAAAAUGAUCUUGUUAGAAAGAAGCAAGUCGGUUUGUAAAAUCGAWAUAACUGGUGCAGAGCCUGGACAUGGAUCAGGCUUUGUGUUGGUUGAUAAUGUUAUCAUGACUUGUGCUCAUGUGUURAGAGGUUUCCUGGAAGGAAAAAAGCUAAAGGAGGGCAUAAAAGUUUCAGUUUUGUUUAACUUUCAUGACCCUCAACCAGUCAGCAACAAUUUUGUUUUUACUGUAGAGAAAAUAAUUGUUGCCAUCAAUGAGAAGCUAGACUGUGUCUUUCUGAAGCUCAAACCAAACCCCAACCAGAAAGUCCCAUCAGGACUCCUGGAACAAUAUGGUCCAGUACCACCUGAGAAUGGCAAGAUCUUUAUCAUUGGUCACCCAAGAGGAGAAGCAAAAAAAAUGAACUURGCGUUCAUCAUUGAGCUUGAAAACAGAGAACAGGCGAUUCGUGACCAUUUAUCUCCUCACAAAGACAGUAUUUUUAUURGUUUAUCAAUUAUUCAAAUUAUUGAGAAACAAGGCAUCCAAGACAUAAUGAUCAGUGGAGUUAAAGCAAACGAGGUAGAGACUUACAGCACUACGAUGAUGUUUAAAGGUGCUUCUGGCUCUCCGGUGUUAAAUGCUGAUGGCCAACUUACUCUGAUGCACACUGGAGGAUAUGGUUAUGGGUUUCCGCAUCUGCACACUGUGUUGGAGUACGGUCAACGUCUGGACCUUAUAGUUCAAGACUUGGUGUGUCAGCUGAAGGAAAGUGGAAAUGUGCCACUGCUYGAAAGAAUUGAGUUUGUAGCAUCAAAGAAUGAGCACCUUAAAAAGGUGCUUGAGGCUGGCAAAUGGAAGUAGAUUAGCUACCAAAGGAGUUUAUGAGGAAACUCAACURUACAUUUUUUUUUACUGGUUUUAGCUUGUUUCCUGGCUUCUAUAUAGAACAACUUGUUUUGUAAUUUGAAGCAUUUUCUCUUUGUAAAAAUAACAUUUUGACCAAGUCAAGAGUAAAUUCUUGUUUUGAUUUUAGGCUACUUGUAUCUUGAUUCUAAUAAAUUUCACUGUCUGUGUAAACUUUUA